AUGCUGUACAAGACAACAUUCCCGUUUACACUUAGAAAUACCGACCAGCAGAUACAAGUGUCUGCUGUCGACUCCAGCCGAAUAGCCAGCCGCCCACAACGGCAACGACUUCACCACUGGACAGCAGUGCACGAGCAUCUGGCCCAGGAGCGUCUGCAUGAGCACGGAGAGGGAGAUGUUGAGCCAGUUGAGCACAGCCGUGCUGAAGGACCAGAUGCCGAGAAGAGGGAAGAAGAUAAUGGUAAAGAGAAGACUGCUGCCAAAAACGUAGGGGAUUUUGAUGAACGCGAUGCUGAGGAAGUACCCAAAAGUGUUGUACGUCUGCACGUCGCACUCGCGGUAGCAGACGGCUCGUUACCGCAGGGUGAAGGGCAGACAAGCGACGUACGUCACGUAUCCUUGAUAAGGUGUUGUCAUCUCCACGGCUGA